GUAUGCGAGUUUUACGGAAAAUUAGUUUGUCUGCGGUGAACUUUAAUAGGUUUGAACACUUUCAGUGCUGUAACAAUGACAGCGCGCAUCCGGCCGAGCAGUAAAAGAUGUGCUGUCAUUGGCGGCUCUGGCUUUUUGGGGAAUCACCUUGUUGAGCGUCUGGUGGAGAAAGGCUACUCAGUGGCUGUGUUUGAUAUUGCACAGAGAUACGAGGUUCCUGGAGUCACAUUUCACCAAGGAGACUUGUGUGAUAAACAGGCUUUGCUCAAAGUCUUGAAGGAUGUGUCUCUGGUGUUUCACUGUGCUUCUCCUUCACCAGCCUGCAAUGACCGAAAUCUCUUCUGGAAAGUUAAUGUUGAAGGCACACGUACUGUUAUUCAGGCUUGCCAAGAAGCUGGGGUGCAGAAACUUGUUCUAACCAGCAGUGCCAGUGUGGUGUUUGAAGGAACUGACAUCAAGAAUGGAAAAGAAGAUUUACCUUAUGCAAAAAAUCCCAUUGAUUAUUACACAGAGACCAAAAUUCACCAGGAGAAGGUAGUCUUGGAGGCAUGCAGUAAAGAAAAAGGUUUCCUCACUGUGGCCAUUCGUCCUCAUGGGAUCUUUGGCCCGCGAGACCCCCAGCUUGUGCCCAUCCUUGUAGAUACAGCACGCAAAGGCAAGAUGAAGUUCAUCAUUGGAGAUGGUACGAACCUAGUGGACUUCACCUAUGUGGAGAAUGUAGUCCAUGGUCACAUCCUAGCUGCUGAGCAUCUGAAACCAGACUCCCCACUUUGUGGAAAGGCAUACCACAUCACCAACGACGAGCCAAUCUGCUUUUGGGAUUUCAUGUCCCAGGUACUAGUUGGUUUAGGCUACGAUGCCCCUCGCUACCACCUGCCCUACACUCUUGUUUAUGGAAUAGCCAUGCUGCUGUGGCUGAUUACCGUUCUGCUGCGUCCCCUGGUGGACAUCAAGCCCACCUUCACCCCCAUGCGUGUGGCACUGGCUGGCACCCAUCACUACUACAGCUGUUCCCGUGCCAAGCAGGACAUGGGCUAUGAGCCAGUGGUGAGGCUGCAAGACGCCAUAGCUCGAACAGUGGCCAGCUACCCACACCUGAAAAGAAGAGGCUAAUGUUUUAUUGAAGCUGUAUCAUGUGGACCAUGUGUGGAUCAGAUUUUGGUUAUGCUGAUUUCUGUGGAUGAAAAAGAACUAGUUUAAACAUGAAAAAAGUAACUUCUAGUUUCAGCUCAUGUCAGGAAAUGCCGCACAAGGUUUUAUAACAGUGUAGAGACCUUUUUUAAAGAACAGUCAUACU